GUGUAAUAGACUUGUGUCCAGAAACUCUUUGCUAAAAUGUGAGGUGCCUAAAAUGGUUAGUCGAAAGCUCAUUCAUUCAUUUCAGUAAAAGUACUGAAGAGUAAUGGUCAGAAACCCGUCUGUGUGCUUUUUGUCAACUGGUGUAUGGAAGGGCUGAAUAUAGUGACAUAAUUUCUGAACAGUCUGCCAUUCAUUCCUACUGGAAAAAAAUGUAUGCUAUUUUGUUUAAAAACAUAGAACCCUGCUGUAGUUCUAUACUUGUGCUGCUUACUUACUCUACAUUAUCCAGAAACUGUAUAGAGUUGGAGGUGCUGAUAUCUUGAAAUAUUCUGCAUAGCAAUAAUUUAAAAAUCACACUAAUAAUCAUGAUUUUGUAGAUAUGCAAAAGUGCAAGAUGCAAAUGAUAUUGGUUAUAGCAUAUUACAUUCCAAAGAUCCACUAAGGCUGAAUGAUCUGCCCACUCUUCUCUCUCAAAACUGAGCAACAGGGUAGUUUUUUUCCCUCUCUCUACCUCCUCCUCGCUCUCUCCUUUUUUCCCUCUCUCUCUCGGGAAAGUUUCACGUUUUCUACAAGUUUUGUCGCGUCUGACCGAGUUUUUUCCUCAUUACUGAGCGGAAUAUAAACUAUUUUAUUUCUUCCACAUUUUUCUUUUUGUCUCUCUCUCCCAGGACUGCUGAGUGAACCAGGCUGAUCGUGUGUCAGAGGAUCGCUGUGUUUGUCAGAGUCAGUGAGCGUUAGUUAUUUAGGAGAAGUGAAAAAUAUGGACGUCUGCCUAAAGUUACUUUGUUGAUUGUUUUUCUCCAGAAGAAGGAAACAGUUAAGUGUGUGUGGAGCGGCCUGUGUGUCGUGGGAAAGUUAAGUAGGGAGGAACAUUAAGAAGAAGAAAGUAGUUUAACUAAAAUAGCGACUCCUCACAAAGCUCUGGACCGCAAGAAUCCAAACCACAGCGGAGGUCCGGCAGAAACACUUGAGAGAAAAGACGGUGCCGUAACGUAUUGCGCUAAAUCGUAUUUAAAUCGCUCAGAUAAUGCUGAAUACCAGAAAAGUCGUCAGUAUAAUCGACCAGGUACGACGUUUUUUAGCCAGGUUAGCUGAAGAGGUUCUGCAGAAAUAUGCAUAGCUUAUUCCAAUCUAAACUGUUAUGUAAUUAAUGCAUUAACGUUUUUAAUGUUAUUUGGAUAGUAUAACGUUUUGUGAAUGUUACAAUUAGAUAACGUUCUUAGAACGUUUAAAUUGUCAAGUUUUUAUUUAUAAACGUUCUGAUAACAUCGCUGCAACGUCACCUGUGUUAAUGUUUGAAAUUUAUAGUUUUGUGAAUGUAAUCUAGCUACUUAUUUAACGUUUUGAUAAUGUUAGUAUUAAUCUAGCUAGAAACGUUAACCUAGGUUAUGUGUACCAAUAUUAUUUCACAUGUUUUCAGAACGUUCCUGGAAAAAUAUUUCUGUACCGUUACCUUUCCGAAACGUUGCCAAACGUUCUUAUAACCUUCUCUGUUAGUUGGGUAGUUUACUAUGUACAAACAAACCAACCUGACAGCCUGCGCGAGCGAAGGAAGGCGGUGAAACCGUGCACGCGAUCGCCACGCGGAGUGUUGAGCAGGUGAAGGCGGCGGCGCUGCUGCGCGCUGCUGCUGCCCACGCACGCACACGCGCGCGCAUUCACUCACGCGCGCACACAAUCGCGCGGUCCGGCCACUCCGCGAGGAAACUUCUGCCCCUUUUUUUCUGUUUUCUCUCUCCUUCUCUUUUCCCAUUCCGCGCGCCUUUCCUUCAGCCAUGUGGUUCAUCAACCUGUUCCUGCUGGUGCUGAAGCUCUCCGUGUCCGCCGAGGGCUUCUCCACGUGCCACUCCUACGACCUGGACGAGCACAAGUCUAAGCGGAUAGAGGCAGUGCGCGGGCAGAUUCUCAGCAAGCUGCGCAUCCGCGCACCCCCGGACCCCGCGAGCGCCCCGGUGCCGGACGCCGUGCCCGUGGAGGUCAUGCUGCUCUACAACAGCACAAAGGAGCUGCUGAAGGAGCGCAAGCGGCAAGCCGAGGCGGCGUGCGAGCGCGAGAGCAGCGAGGAGGACUAUUACGCCAAAGAGGUGCAGCGCGUGGACAUGCUGCCCCAGCACGCGGACAACAAUACAAUAGGCCCCCAGGCCCACAGUCCAUACUUCAGAGUGGUGCGGUUUGACAUCACCAACGUAGACAGAAACUCCAGCACGCUCAUGAAGGCAGAGUUCCGCAUCUUCAGGGUUCAGAACACACAUGCUCGUGCCACUGAGCAGCGGGUAGAAGUCAACCAGAUUCUGAAGCCAGAUGACGUCACCGGUGCCUCCCAGAGGUAUAUAGACUCAAGAACUGUACAGCCACAAGCCAAGGGGGCGUGGCUGUCUGUGGAUGUGACCGAGACUGUAAAGGAAUGGAUGGCUUUCAGAGAGAAGAACCUGGGUCUAAAGCUCAGCGUUCAUUGCCCUUGCUGCACGUUCGUGCCAUCCACAAACAACAUUGUACCCAACAAGAGCGAGGAGCUAGAAGCUCGAUUUGCAGGUGUUGAUGAUGACCUGAUGCGGCAGAACAGAAGGACAGGGGCCACUAAAGGUCAAAUAGAGUUCAGUACCAAGACACCGCACCUCAUAUUGACCCUCCUGCCCACGGACCGGUUGGACAACCCCAGCAAAAAGACUCGCAAAAAGAGGGCAGCUGCUGACACCACAACAUGCUCAAGGAAUGCAGAUCAAAGCUGCUGUUUGAGGUCUCUUUAUAUUGACUUCCGUCGGGACCUAAACUGGAAAUGGAUUCAUGAGCCAAAGGGAUACCGUGCAAAUUUCUGUGCUGGCAACUGCCCUUACUUGUGGAGUGCAGAUAAUCACUAUAAUAUGAUUCUGCCGCUGUAUAAUAAAAUGAAUCCUGAAGCUUCAGCGUCUCCUUGCUGUGUGCCUCAGGACCUGGAGCCCCUCACUAUUGUUUACUACUUGGGCCGGACCCCUAAAGUGGAGCAGCUUUCCAACAUGGUGGUGAAAUCCUGCAAAUGCCGCUAAUUGCUGGAGGUACUAAAGUGGGACUACUGGAGAAAUUGAGUUUUUUGGGUGUUUUUUGGGUGAUGUGCAGGAGAAGAGAGGAGAGGACAUAAUUUGCAGGAUGAACAGAAUCCGAGGACAUCAGGAAGAGCCUGGUGCACAUGCUGUUUCUCAGGUUUCACACAUUUUGAAGUGAAUCAGAGACUUGCACAGCAUUACUUGAGAAAGACGAACUUUUAAUUUCCUUUCAUUUCUUAUAAAACAAAACUGUUUCAGGUUAAUAAUCAUAAUCAGUCGUUCUGUUCUUCACAUAGCAAACAGUUUAUAUCGUAGUCUAUAGUUUAAUAUACAGCUUGAGUAAAAAAUAAUGUGUUCAGGCGGUGGUGGUCACGAACAGAAGAAACACACCAAGGUCUUUUUUGCUGUGUGCUGCUUGUAUAGAGUAUGGACCUAGUUGUGCAAGAUCAGUUUACUGUAGAGCAGUUUAUAUUUUUGAUUACAGCAAGUGUAAAUAUUUUUCCCAGACAGGUAAGGGUUGUAUAUGUUUAUAUAACAAAUAUAAUAAAAUUUGAUUACAUAACUCAAAUUGGGCACUUUUAAUCAGAUGAACUUUAUUUAAACAUGAGAAUGUUAGGAUGCUUUUUUUAGUUGUUAUUUAUUUACUGGCUUCAUAUGCAUACGUUUAUUUAUACAUGUGUUUAUUUACAAUAAUUUAUGUUUAGAUAUGUAAUGACUUUAUUUACACUGACAUACACUGACACCUAUAUUGUGUCCCAGUUUUUUUGCUAUGUCCCCAAAGAAUGCUGCACUACACACAAGAUAUGUGUGUGUGUUCAUUAUGGAUGUGAAUUCUGCCAGUUUCUUGUCUGUCUGCACAAACAGUUCUAGUCAGAUGUCGCCGGUUACGAUCAUUAACGCUCACUUCUAUGACGUAUUCCUCAUACACACAAGAUACUGUGGUUUGAGGAAUGUUAAAUGCCCACAGAACUUGAAAUAAAUAUUAAAUGGUCAAUCUAUCUGGCACCCACUAUCAAUCAAGCCUCGCUCAAACUCCAAUUACACAUCGCCUUGCCAUGAGCUUGCUGGCCAGUAUUCAGACACACUCACAAGACAGCACUUCGCAACUACUAUCGCCCCCUGAGGUAACACUUUAUAAACAGUUUAUACAUUUCUAUUCCUUGAUUUUUGGCGUGUCAGUGUAUUUGUUAAGUCAUACACAUCUGCUCAUUAUCUGCUUAUUUGGUUUUAUCUAUUGAUUUACUUUAUUUAGCCUGCUGAAUACAUCUUUUUACACAUGGUAUUUAUUUACGUAUUUAAUUUAUUUUAUUUACUUACUGCAUGAGUUAGCCCUCUUAGCUGAUACUGGGCUGCUUUCUGUAUUGAGGAGCACCUCUCCUGUGGUCAGGGCUGCAGAUGUCCGCUGUAAACAGGAUGUGACCGCCCGGGCCUCGCAGCCUGUGGUCACGCGUGGCACAACAGAGGAGGCAAAGGCUGAUAGAGAGCCUUUCACUCCCUCUCUAUCCUCUUUAGACCUCUGAAAUAUGGGUCACGUCGAGCUGAGCGUCUCUGGAAGUACAUCAGCUGUGCCGUCCAUAUCUGCUGUAUUUUACUGCUGAAUAAUGCUCUUUUAGCAGCUGCUCUUUUGGCCUACAUGUUAUAUAUGGCCGUUAUUUCCUCCCGCUCUCAUCUAAACCUAUAAAGCCUCAGUGUAUCCUUUAAACCCAGCCGUAUAGGUCUUGGCAUGGCAGGCCGCUGUUUGUUUUUGAGCGGAGACAUUAAGUUUUUUGUGCUGUUAUAAUGUUUAUCUGUGGAGCUCUGCGGCCUGGGGGGCCGAUCGUUGGGAAAUGAGAGGCUUUCUGUGUCUGGCUGCCAGAGUCCAAACCAGCGCAUGCCUCCGUCUUUUCGAGCCCUAUGAAAACAACUUUUUAUAACCCAGGACGAAGCGGAUGCUGAGAAUGAGAGUGUGAGAGAGAGAGAGACUCUGUUAAAUGCAGUUACAUAACGGCUUCUAUAUCCAAUCAACAAAAAUAUCGUCUCCAAGCAACUGCUCAGUCAUCGUGGCCGGCUGUCUGCACACAGAAGUCGCCGCUUUACACAGAGCAGAGAUUUCUGAGCAGUGGUUUCUGAAGCUUUCUAGGUGGAGGAAAGGGGCUUAAAAGCUGAUCCAGAUUCAGGCUGAAUGGGCUGUACUCUGAAUGUCAUAGGCAGUCCAUCAAGUUCACACAGCUCCUUCCUACGUUUUCCUACUUCCUUCCCUACAGCCUACACAAGCCACAAAAUAAUAAACUGUGGCAGGUGUAAUUCAGCUGAGAGUCACUUUCAUGGCCUUCUAGAUUUAGACUCCUAGUAAAAGUGUAGACCAGCAAGAUCAGGUUACAGGUAUUUCAUUAAAAUAUUCCUUCAGCUUGGAUAUUUUCUUUUGCAAUACAAUUUAUUACAAGACGUUUUCCUUAAUCAUUCAAAUGAUAUCAAAUGAAGACUCUUUUUUUUCAAGAUGUAGUACAUAAAUAUGCAUGUAGAUAUAGAGGUAUGACCAGAAUUUGAUGUUUUGAAGGUUCAGCAUUAAUGUCUUAACAGGCCUUUUGAGAUAUGGACUUUAAUAGGAUCUAUAUGGAUCUUUGUUUAUAUAACUUCAGCAGAAGACCAAAACCAAGCUGGAGCUCCCAAAGACGCAAAAUAUCCACCUCAUAUUCCAUGAUGACGAGGUGGGGACCAUCUUUGUUUACAUUGUGUUGAACUGUGCAAGAGCAUGUCAUGGCAGAUCUAUUAAUAAUAACACCGCAAUAAUGAACAGACACAAUAAGUAGUAUAAUAUAUUUAGUUAGAGGGAGUCACCCUAAUUGAAAGAAGA